AUGAACGACCUCUUUCAUGACUUUGCGCAGGCGCAUGCCGGGCAGAAUGGCUAUCAGCUCGCCCAAACCCUCUCUCCUGUGGCUCCCCCAGGUCAACCUAACCGGCUGAAAGCUAUCUGGCAGAGCACGAACUUUCACAGUGUCAAGGGCGACAUUAAGCACUUCAUCAAAACCAACACAUCACACCGCCAGAAACUGGACCAUACGGAGGCGAAUGGCUGGGGCGAGGUGUACAUGGCAUAUUGGAAGGCUAUCGGCGAGAUCUUGGCGGGAGAGAGCGGCAAGUCUUCAUGGACCAAAGUCUAUGAGUCCUGGAAGGAGUUGACCUCGAUGCUUAUCCGAGGCUACAACUCCUAUAACUUCGCGGCCUGGACUAUCCCUUCUCUAUAUAUGGUGGGGAAGUAUCUGCGACUAUUCGCCAUCAAAUCCGACGAGGAGCGCAACCGCACGGCUAACGACCCUACGGUGGGAGCCUCUUUGAUGCAAGAUGAUUUUGAUUCCGAAGCAGACAAGCAAGGGCAGCUAAGAGACUGCGAACAGCACCUGAAGCGCAUAUUUACCCUCUGUCUGAAUGACAGGGCCCCGCUAGAAGAGUCGAGGAAAUGGGGCAUUUACUUCAUCAUCAACCUACUCUUCAAGACCUACUUCAAGUUGAAUUCAGCAUCUCUAUCGAGAACGAUUCUCAAGACACUUGCAGUGUACAAGGACAAGGGAGACAUGCCAGCACUGGAGAUGUUUCCUAAGUCUCAGCGAGCGACAUUCAAAUACUACGAGGGUGUCCUAUUCUUCCUGGAGGAAAACUAUCCUCAGGCUGAAACUCAUCUGACCGAAGCGUGGCAACUUUGCCACAAGGAUGCCGCCCCGCAGGCCGAGCGCAUCCUAACAUACCUCAUCCCCUGCCGCCUUCUCACCAGUCACGUCCUCCCCACCAAAGCCUUGUUAGCCAACUACCCUCGCUUACAGGAGCUGUUCCUCCCGUUGGCCACAUGCAUCAAGAGUGGCAACCUCCGCGCCUUUGACCUUGCCUUGCAGAAGGGUGAGGAUGAGUUUGUCAAGCGACGCAUCUACCUGACGCUAGAGCGGGGCCGAGAUAUCGCCUUGCGUAACCUGCUGCGUAAGGUAUACCUCGCUGGCGGCUUCGAUGAACCGAAAGAGGACGGUAGUGCACCCAUGCGUCGUACUCGUGUACCUGUUGCAGAGUUCCAGGCGGCCAUCAGCAUGGGAAGCGGCGGUGAUUUGAUGGAUCCGGACGAGGUUGAGUGCCUGCUAGCCAACAUGAUCUACAAGGAUCUGAUGAAAGGCUAUAUCGCCCGAGAGCGAGGUAUCGUCGUCCUAUCGAAGAAGGGCGCCUUCCCAGGGACAGGCUUGUGA